GAUGAUUCUGAGUGGGAACAAUGGUGACGGAGGAGGCUGGAGACGGAAACAACAGCCCCACCACAAUCAGGUACCGUCUCCAGCCUCAGAGUUUAAUUAGAGAGCCACAUGGGAAGCUGUUGCCAUAUUUUGGACAGCAGAAGGCUUGUGAUCCACUGGGCGACUUUGGUGGUGAAUGAGGGAGCAAGGUGCAGCCAGCGGCCAGCUGCCACGAUCAGACUGCACGAGCCCACAACCCAGGGUCGACUUCGGGCUUCUCUCGGAUCCCGUUGUCCCGUUCUCCAGGUGCACUGUCCCUUCCGAGUUCUCCCUUGACGCUUCCGAAGGAGCCGACUCCCACGCGGGUGAAGGACACUCAGAAGUGUUUCCUAGACGCCCAGCUCUCUCAGCCCAGCCAGAGAGGGAGACACUGAGGACUCGGCACCGGAAACGGGUAUGUCUUUCAGCCCGAGACGCUCUAGGAAGCAGUCGCGAACGGCCUCUGUAGCCUUAACCCUUUCAUUCUCUCGACGGAAUAAACACACACACACACACACACCCCUGUUCCCCCAUGAGCGACCGCUGACAGUAAUUGACACUCUCGGGCUGGCUUGAGGUUCGCGGUCUGUGACGGCCACCGCACCGAGACGACAAGUGAGGCUGAAGGCGCUCGCAGGGCUAGUAGUAGUCAAAUCACCUCACAGCGGACGGUCGGGUGGACGGGUUCUCUAGCGACAGGGCUAGAAUCCCCCAAGAUAGUCUGAAUCCCCCAAGACUGUUUCCUGAGCGCCCUGAAACUGGGCGUGCUACGGACUCCCAGAAUGCAUCGCACAUGCGUCUAGAAUUUGCCCCAGCGAUGAACUUAACCAUGACACUCUUGAUGUGCCUUUUGCGAUAGCGCAAAAAAAAAAAAAAAAAAAAAAAAAAAAAACCCAAAACCUCAGAGUAACGGGAUCGAGAACUACAACUUCCGAUUCGCAUUAACAGUGGUGGCGGCGCUGCUUAAACCGCGUCAGAGAGGAGGGGCCAGACCCCGCCCUCCCGGCCAGUUCCGCUCCCCCAGAGAAGCGGCGAGCAGGAGGGCGGAGUCGGAGGCCUGAACCAAGAUGGCGGCGGCGAAGCCAGUCCCCACGGACUCGCUCUCAUUUUGCCUCGCGCAGCUCACGGCGGCGGCCGGGGAGUGUCUGGUUGGGGGAAAGGACACGACUACCAACGAGACACCCUUGGGCCGUGCGCUCCUAGCCCUCCGCAAGCGCCACGUCAAGGCAACGGGGGGAAUAGAACGCUUCCGGGCACGCGGCGGACUCCGCCCACUUCUCGCGCUGCUACGGCGAGCGGCCGCGGCGGGCCCCGCCCCAUUCCAGGCGGGCCCCGGCUCCGCCCCCUCGGUUGAAUCAGAGGGUGCUGAUGGCCCCGCCCCUUCGUCGGGCCCCGCCCCUCCCGCAGCGGCUUCGUCGGCUCCAUCGCGCCUGCGCAAGACGCUGGACUCGGCGCUCAGCAUCCUAGCCAACUGCUGUACCGAAGGGGCGUGCAGGGCCGAAGUGCGCAGACUCGGAGGUAUUCUCUCUCUGGUGACUGUUCUUCAGUGCGUGAAGACCGAGAGCAUCCAGAAUAGAACCGCUCGUGCCCUGGGAAACUUAGCCAAGGAGCCCGAGAGCUGCGGGGACAUCCACUCCGCAGGUGCCGUCCCCCUGCUCGUUGAAAGCCUGACAGCCUGCCAGGACCCCGACUGCCUGCAGAGCGUGGUGCGUGCCCUCCGGAACCUGGCCGACUCCCCCCAGCACCGCCUGGCACUGGCGCAGCAGGGAGCCGUGCGCCCUCUCGCCGAGCUUCUGGCCGCGGCCCCGAACCCUGCCCUCACCUUGGCCCUCGUCCAGGCCCUCCUGGAGUUGAGUCGGGGCUGCUCCCGGGCCUGUGCGGAGCAGCUGAGUCUGGGCGGGGGGCUAGGCCCGCUGGUCAGUCUCGCUUCUCACCCGAAAAAGGUCGUCCGCGAGACAGCCAUCCUGGUCCUCGCCAACCUCUGUUCCCAGGGCCUGGUUCGGCCCGCGCUGGGCAACGCCGGCGGCGUGGAGGUGCUACUCGGCGAACUUCGCCGACGCCGGGGCCCCAGUGGCACGACGCCCGCCUCUCAGCAGCCCCUGGUGCGGGCUGUGUGCCUGCUCUGCCGAGAGGCCAUUAACCGGGCACGGCUCCGGGAUGCGGGGGGCUUAGAGCUGCUCAUGGGCCUGCUCCGGGAUGCCCAGGCCAGCUCCUGGCACCCGCGCGUGGUGGCCGCCCUCGUGGGCUUUCUCUAUGACCCGACAGCCCUGGGGCGGCUCCAGGCCCUGGGACUUGUCCCUCUGCUGGCGGGGCAGCUGUGCGGGGAGCCGGGUGACGAGGAGGAAGAGGGACGAGAAGCCGCUUCCUGGGAUUUCCCGGAGGAGCGGACCCCGGAGCGGGCAGAGGCUGGAAGCUUCAGGAGCCUCAGGUCAUGGCUGAUUUCCGAGGGCUAUGCCGUCGGCCCAGGAGACAUUUCUCCCGACUGGUCUCCCGAGCACUGUCCACCGCCCGAGCCGGCAGAGCCAACCAGCCCUAUGCCAGGCCCAGCCCCGCUGAGGAUGCCUCGGACCCUGCGCACGCCGGACCACAGCCCUGCCACGUUCGAGGAGCCUUGGGGACAUGAAGGGCCAGCACUUUUGUUACUGUCACGCUUCUCCCAGGUUCCUGACCCCAGUGGGGCCUUGGUGACGGGCCCGGCCUUGUGCGGCCUGCUGGCCUAUGUGACAGGCGCGCCAGGCCCGCCCAACCCGCGUGCCCUGCGCAUCCUGACUCGCCUCACCUGCAACCCCUUCUGCCUUGAGGCCUUCGUGCGUAGCUACGGGGCCGCGCUGCUGCGUGCCUGGCUGGUGCUGGGCAUCGCCCCGGAUGACUGGCCAGCGCCACAGGCCCGGCUCACACAUCGUAGCCAGCACCGGGAGCUGGGUGAGAUGCUGCUUCAGAACCUGACCGUGCAGGCCGAGUCCCCCUACGGAGUAGGCGCCCUCACUCACCUGCUGCUCUCCGGAAGCGCUGAGGACCGAGUGGCCUGUGCACUCACCCUGCCCUUCAUCUGUCGGAAGCCUUCUCUUUGGCGACGGUUACUUUUGGACCAAGGUGGCCUGCGUGUCCUCCUGGCAGCCCUGACGCGACCGGCUCCACACCCGCUCUUCUUCGUUUUUGCGGCAGACUCCCUUUCCUGCCUUCAAGGCCUUUUGUCUCCCACGGUGGGCCCAGCCGUCCCCCCCGAAGUCCCCAUGGAUCAAGACCCACCCUCCCCUUGUCUGUAUGAGCCGCUGCUGGGCCCAGCCCCCAGCCCAGCCCCCGACCUGCACUUCCUGCUGGACUCCGGCCUGCGGCUCCCGGCUCAGCGAGCGGCCUCGGCCACGGCCUCCCCUUUCUUCCGGGCCCUGCUGGCCGGAAGCUUUGCCGAAGCCCAGAUGGACCUGGUGCCCCUUCGCGGCCUGUCACCCAGUGCAGCCUGGCCCAUCCUGCAUCACCUGCACGGCUGCCGGGGCUGCGGGGCUGCCCUGGGUCCCAUCCCCGCUCUGGGCCAGCCCCUGCUGGGCUCGGAAGCAGAGGAGGCACUCGAGGCUGCUGGGCGUUUCCUGCUACCAGGGCUGGAGGAGGAGCUAGAAGAGGCCGUGAGCCGCAUCCACCUGGGACCCCAGGGGAGCCCGGAGUCUGUGGGUGAAGUUUUUCGCUUGGGCCGCCCCCGGCUGACUGCCCACUGCGCCCGUUGGACCCUGGGGCCUGGGCAUUGCCCUCGCAAGCGGGCCCUAGCCCUUGCAGGGCUCGUGGAGGCUGCAAGCAAGGAGUCAGAACCCUUGGCAGAGACUUUCCUGGCUGUAAUAAUGGGGGUUGAACUGGACAGCAAGGGGCCCGGCCUAGACUGUUGAUGUCCCCCCCGGGAGGGGACACAAGGAUGAAUUGACUGACUGUGGAGGAAGCAUGCCUCAGAACGGCACGAGGAGGCUGAGCAGGACGGGUCGCCAUCGUGGACCAAAAAGGAGCAGCUGGCCCCCAGGAUAGUGCUCAGAAAACCGAGGAGUGAGAAGUCACGAUCAGCGUCUGAGCACUGGGCCUGCAAGGUGGCGGCUGUGCCCAGCACCCCACAUAUCUGGCAUGGCAUGGACUGGCCUUCUGGAAUUGGCAUUAAAACUUUGGAAUUGGAUACCCCA